AUGAACCAGACAGACCUAUAUGAGUAUUAUCUGUCAAGUUACAAACACCCUGAGAAUGUGACUCUUGAAUAUUGCAGAAGAAUGGCAGUUCCAUUCAUCAGAAACUUGAGUAACACUAACCAAGUCUCGAAUCAGGUAUUAUCUUCUCAACCUGACUCGGAAACAACGACAAGAAGAAUGAAAAACAAAAGAUGCAGUUGCAAAGAGAUAGUGUGCUUCAGGUGUCAACGAAAAGGACACACAGCGACUAUCUCUCCUGCGCCGGCAGCCGUCGCAAGAAAUAUGGCUCAUAUGAGAGAAGAAUCGAAUCUAGACAUCACAUCUGGUGCCACUGUGCAAAAAGACAUGGACUAUGCAAUGCGUCUUGGACCACUUGACGAUGAGUCUUAUUGGUUAGGCUCAGGAUGUACCAUUCACAUUAGUAACAACAAAAGUCACUUUGACAGUUUCACUCCAUGUGAUGGAUUUGUGGAAGGUAUUGGUGCCCAAUGUGCUGUUGAAGGCAAAGGUACGAUCACUACGUAA